UCUUACCGUCUUCAUACUGUGUGCACUGUGAAAUGACACGCACGACUCUUCAAAGACAAACUGCACAGAGCUGCAGAGACCACGCAGGAAAUGCGUUGGGUUUUCUUGCAGUCGGAGUUUUUGCCUCGAGCUCUUCAGUGGCCUCAGGCAAGAAGCCUGUUAAUGGAGUGGAUCUGUACUACGAGCAGACAGGCAGAGGAAAACAUGCUGUGCUGUUGCUUCCUGGCGCUCUGGGUAACAAGUUGUGUUACUGCUUUGACACAACCUACUUUUUAAAAAAAAAAUCAUUUAUUUGGCAGACACUGGGAUUCGGCAAGUUCUCCCUGCUUGGGUGGAGUGAUGGGGGAAUCACAGCUCUGGUUGCAGCCGCAAGGAACCCCGAUAUGAUCAACAAGAUGGUCGUGUGGGGAGCCAAUGCUUUUGUUUCCCAGCAGGACCUCAAGCUUUACAAUGAGGUGCGUGAUGUCUCCAAAUGGAGUGCGAGGAUGAGGCAACCCAUGGAGGAGGUGUAUGGGGUGCAAGUCUUUGCUAAACUGUGGGAGGCCUGGGUGGAUGGAAUGGCACAGUUCGUCCACAGACCAGAAGGAAGCAUCUGCAUGGAACAUCUGCCCCUGAUCAGCUGUCCAACCCUCAUCAUCCAUGGAGAGAAAGACCCCAUGGUGCCAAAUCUCCACCCUGAGUACCUCCUCAAACACAUCAAAGGUUCACGAUUGCAUUUAAUGCCAGAGGGGAAACACAACCUCCACCUGAGGUAUGCUGAUGAAUUCAACACACUGGUGGAAGACUUUCUAGAAGAGUGAAACCACGCCUUCAUUAUUCGACUGUGGAGAAAAAGAGUUGGUGUUACUUACUUUAAAAAUAAAAUGUAGAAUGUGAAUUGUAAUGUUAUUUUGAUUACUUUAUAUGAUGCAAUCUUCAUUUGGAAUGUUAGAUUUAA